AUGGCGUACAACAUGUUUGAGGAUUAUUUAGGGCUACAAGAGGUAGCACAUUGCCUCAAGAACUACCGCCAGUAUCGGUAUGGUACCCAUAACAUUGACAACCACCUGGAAUUGGAAAGCUUGAUGGAUUGUUUACCAGCCAGCUCGAGCAUUGACGAUCGCGAUGAAGACUUGCACCUAGGUCUGGGGAUUGGAUCGUUCUACAGCCAAUUCCCGCCGACAGCCUGGAAGAACGCCGACACGCUUGAUGUUGUUAGGUCGGACGCUCACAACGAUUUCCACCGUAACGGCGUGGAACUUGACAUAGACGAAGUGGACAAACUACAAUUGAAGAUCCGGUCAACGCCUUUCAGGUUAACGCCAUCGUAUCGCCCGGCACCGGCGACGGCUACCGACGAAAAUGUGGCGAAUCGUAAGCGCCGACCAGGCAAAGCACGGAAGGGCUCAAGGUCGACUGAAUGCGUGUUUUGUAAAAACAACGGAGAGCGCACGGACAUGUACACAUCACACAGCGUCAAGGACGAAAGUGGGCGGGUAUUGUGCCCAGUUUUAAGGAAAUACACGUGUCCCCUGUGCGGGGUCAAUGGCGACAACGCCCACACGUUGAGGUACUGCCCCAAGAAUAUGGAGACGGCCUGCAACACCCUGGAUCUCAUGCGGACGAGGAGGCUCAGCACUGGCAAGUUGAACCCGAGGGCAAUUCAGAAAGUUUGACUUGGAUCUAGGUGAAAUUUGUUUUUGAUAGUGCU